AUGCCGGCUACAUACUCACGAGGUAGUAAAAAUUUCACUUACCCGAGCAACCCAUGGCAUCACUCCUACCCUGGACCUGGCUCUAGCAACAGUGGCUACUAUAGGUAUCCCGUAAAUGCAGGCAACUCAAGCAAUGGAACUGCAAACAUUCAGCACUACUACUAUAAUCCUCCUUCGCAAAUACACUACGCGUCAAUCGAUGGUGAGCCAGUGUUAACCUAUCCAGUGUAUCGCGGAUCUUUGCCCUCAUACGUAUACCAAUACAGAUUUUCCGGGACCAGGUAUGGUACACUGUUAGCUGGACUGGCAUUGUUUAAUCUCGGUGUCCUCAAUUUCGUCACUAGCGGCCUUAGUGUAGGUCAUAGUUCACCAUCAGACAACAAAAACUACCUUAACUACAAAGCACAACCCGGCGAAGUUUGCUUAUUCGGUAUCAAUAAAGAUAACGGUGACUUCGAAGAAACCAGAAUAGAUUGUCAGCCUAUAAGUAGCUUUAUUUACGCCGAACAGGCUAAACAACAGCAGCCACAGAAUUCUCAGAACCAAACCACCGUGACAACUACCGUGACGAAUACGACCAUCGUUAAUGCGACCAACCCUCAAGAUACGCCUUCUUACGUAUUGUCGCCAAACGGUACUCUGGUGACGCCCGGAGCGGCACCAGACGCUGGCAACGUGACGAAUGGGGCUCCAGCCACCGGUGGAUCUGUGACGUCAUCCGUGACCGUCACGACCACCAACACGAUGGUCGUCAACGCAUUUGAAACUAAGGGAUCUCCGAUUGAAUUGAAACCUGGAAUGCAAUGUUAUGUUAAAAGGAAAACACCCUAUUCUGUAAUGAAGAAUAAUAUCCCUUGUGCCUUAUUACAGGCUUACGCUGAUAAAUAUUUUAGCAUCAGUUCUGAUUUUAACGCGGAGAUUAUACGACCAGCGUUGAACCACAAUGGAGAUGACGUUGAGCGCAACUAUUCAAUAAGUUGGGACGAAGGCACCGCGGCCGCGGUGGUAGACGACGACCAUGCAACACACACAACUACAAUCGCUCUCGUUUAUGUGAUUGGUACCAACAACAAACAAGUAGCAACCAGAGCUGUCAGUUAUGGUCAAACUACUGUUACUAUCCUCCGCAACAAAUUGUUUACACGUCGCCUAGAGGCGGGCCACAAAUAA